UUGAGACUGAGAGAGACACACAGAGAGUGAGAGAGUUUAGCAGCAGCUCAAACUGGGGCUGCCUACCUACCCAUUAGAGAACUGAGGGCGAGGAUUUUAGCCUUUCCUGCAAGACCCACCACCCACAGCUCGGCUUGCGAUACCAAGAGCAGACACACACUCAGAGCGCGUUGAGACGAGAGCAAAAAAAAAACAGGGGAAACUUUUUUCGGAGAGAGAUCUUUUAAAAAAAAAUCAAAACAACGUUUGGCCAUUGAGCCAAGAUUGGAGAGGAUGACGGCGAAAGCGGUGGAGAAGAUCCCGCUGUCUCUGGGAGGCCUCUUCCAUCAGAUACCCGACAACAUGUACUCAGCGGACGAUCUCAGUUCGCUGCCCGCGUCCGUCACGAUCUUCCCCAACCAGGAGCUGGCCCCAUACGAGCAGAUUCCCUCAGACAUGAUUAAUGUGGACAUGAGCAGCGACAAGAGAGCGCUGGAAUUACCUUACCCCAACAACUACCACCCAGCCUCUGGCCCCCGAGGACAGUCUUUUACCUACAUGGGCAAGUUCUCCAUUGACUCUCAAUGUACCGGCGCCAACUGGAGUCCCGACGGUAUCAUCAACAUCGUGAGUGCUGGGAUUUUCGGAGUCCCUCCAUCUACCUCCUCCUCCGCAUCCUCCUCUUCAUCCUCCUCCUCUUCCUCUGCCUCCCCGAACCCUCUCUCCAGCACCCUCAGUUGCACGAUGGCACAGAAUGCGAGCGAUAUGGAGCACAUGUACUCGCCUCCCCCUCCUUACAGCUGCGGGGAGAUUUACCAGGAGCCGGCUCCCUUCUUCAGUACCUCCAGUUGCUACCCUCCUCCUCCUCCACCUCCGAGUUACCCGUCGUCCAAGCCGGUGGUAGAGAACCCCCUGUUCCCCAUCCUGCCGGAGUACAGUAGCAUCUUCCAGCCUCAGCAUUCGCACAGAGAGCUGAACCCGGGAGUGGAGCGCAAGCCUUUCUCCUGCCCCGGGGACACUGUCAGAAUGGCUCCAGCUCUCACUCCCCUGUCCACCAUCCGGAACUUCACCCUGGGUAACCCGACAGCGGAAGGACCCAGGCUGCCCAGCGCUUACGGCGGACAGAACCUGCCCCUGCGACCCAUCCGGCUCCGCAAGUACCCGAACCGACCCAGCAAGACCCCGGUCCACGAGAGGCCUUACCCGUGCCCCGCCGAGGGUUGCGACCGCCGCUUCUCCCGCUCGGACGAGCUGACACGCCACAUCCGCAUCCACACCGGCCACAAGCCGUUCCAGUGCCGCAUCUGCAUGAGGAACUUCAGCCGGAGCGACCACCUCACCACCCACAUCCGCACUCACACCGGCGAGAAACCCUUCUCCUGCGACUUCUGCGGCAGGAAAUUCGCCCGCAGCGACGAGCGCAAGAGGCACACCAAGAUCCACCUGCGGCAGAAAGAGAAGAGACUGGCGGGGGACAAGCCUCCAGGACCCGCGGUGGGAUCUACUGUCUGCUCCGGGGGCAGCCCGCUCGCUGUCUGUCCGCCCAGGACAGUGUGAACAAGCCAACGCAGAGACAGAGUCACUGACACUACCCGCGAACUUUGAGGGAACAGAAUAUUUAUCGCAGAUUGCACCCACGUUUCCUGCAGCUCCGUGUUUACAGUCUGCUACCCCAGCUUCGUCUCUAAGAGCCUCCAAUAACACCCCCACCCCUUCCCCAUGGACAACAUCUCUUGUCGUACGAGGGGGAAAGAAAAGCGAAUUGGUCACCGGUUUCUUUUUAAUGUUUCCUGACAGUGUAGUGUUCCUGGUUACGUUCACCAGUCAGGGUACUGUGUAUAAAUCUCUCUCUCUCUUUCUCUCUCUAUAUAUAUACACACUGCGUUGACUAACUCUCUCAUGCUCGCCCGAAACAUUCCCAGUUCAGAGGCAGCUCUGGUCGAGAAUAUUAUCGGGGUUAAGGGGGCGUGAGGCUGUGUGUGAAGAGUUCUGCACAGGUGGCGAAAGGGAAUGGUUUAUAAACAAGUUCGGUGAAUAUUUAAGGAAACUCGCUCCUGCACUUUGUGUUUAUGGGUCACUAAUAACUUCAAACAACGAGUUGGGAAAAAAAGUGUGACAAAUUACAUUUUUUUUUAAAAAAAGCUCUCUAAUCCUAUAAAAAUAACUAGGAAUGGGCCCAUGUUGUGAAUGGGGAUGUGUGCGGCACGUUGUUGAUGUUUUAACACUUUCUCUCUCGUGUGGGAAGUCCCAAAGGAGAUUAAAAAAAAGGAUGAGGGAGGGGUAUUACAGAAGUUAGAUCUGAACAGAGGUCAUUGAGAGGCAACUUUAUCCGGCGUUAGUUUAAUGGCAAAUGGAUGUUUUGUACUUUCGCAUUUAAACACUGCAUGCUGAGGUAUUUUGGUGCCUUGUUUAUUGUGGACGAUGUCUGCAUGUAAAUACCCGGCCUUAAAUGACAGACCCGGGCAAUCCUGGAAUCGCCAAUGACCUCCACGAGCUGGCGAAGCUGUUCAAUUCCGGCCGAUUAAUCUGGAGAUUUUUAGAAAAUAUUUUUGUACGCGUUUUGUGCUAAAUAUCUUCCAGUGUUUUACAUUUUGUAGCAAAGCUCUGGUUGUAAAGAGUGUGAAUAAUUUUUAUGUGGCUGAUGCUGACCUGUUUUGAUGGUUUAAUGUAUUGGUGUAAAACCACUAACUGGGUUUUUAAAGAAAAAGGGACCAAUUAGUCCUCUUAAGAUGUAUUGUUUUAUGGUCAUAUUGAUGUAAAUAUAAUUUUACAAAGCA